GGGAGGAAACACAGACUGCUGCACGGGACAGGCAGACAAACGUGGACUACAAGGUAGAGAAAGGCCCCUUUGGAAGAAAUGGAACUUGCAGAAGCCCGAAGAUACGCAGUGGACGUGACUCUGGAUCCAGACACAGCUCAUCCUGACCUCAUCCUGUCUCCAGAUAAAAAAACUGUGACAUACCAAGACAGACAUCAGGAUCCACCCAACAAUCUUGAGAGAUUUGAUAACUAUCCCAUUGUCCUGGGCUUUAACAAAUUGACGGGUGGGAAGCAUUACUGGGAGGUGGAGGUGGAAGGGAAAACAAAUUGGACUCUGGGGGUUUGUUGGAAAUUUGUGAGAAGGACAGAGCCGAUUUACCUAUCACCCAAAUAUGGAUUCUGGACAGUGUGGCUGAAGGAUGGGAAAUACGAGGCCUGCAACUACCCUGAAAACGUCCGCCUUCCCGUGAAUAUUGAGCCCAGACGGGUGGGGAUUUUCCUGGACUAUGAGGCGGGCAAGGUCUCAUUUUACAAUGUGACUGACAGGUCCCAUCUCUUCACUUUCACUGACAUCUCCGGGACGCUCCACCCUUAUUUCUAUACUGGUUACGAUGAGAGGGGUGGAAAUGCAGCUUCCCUCAUAAUCUGCCCAGUCCCAGCUAAGCUGGAGUGACACCCACGGCACAGACUGUCCCCUCCCAGUGCUGACCAGCUUCCAGGCCUGUUCCCAAAGGGAUGGUAUAAAGGGCAUCACCUGCCUGGCCCCCGCCACCUCCUCCCCUCUCAGUUCCCAGCACUGGGCCUGUGAGCUGGGGGAGAGGAGAGGCAAGGGCAGCAUUUCAGAUAUUGGUGGGGAGAGAGGGUGAUUUUAACAGUAAUUUCAGGGGCUACUCAGGCAACUGAAAACUCUAGGUUUUUUUGCAGAUAAUAACUUUA